AAAGAUAUUUAUAGACAAAGGAGCCCAAAUCCAAAAUUCAAUAAUUGGGGUGGAAAGCGGGUCGGACCCUGAAAUGGUCAUUUGAUAUAGUAGCAAAUUAUUUGAAUGAAAAUGGAUGGGGGGCUCCGCCCCAAUUUGUUUCGCAUCUACUCCUCCGCCUGCGCAUCCUUCUCCCUCUCCCCAAUUUCUUAUCCUCAAAUUUACCUCAUCUUCCUCAGAUUCAUAUCUGUGUCAGUCUGCAACUAUAUUAGAAUUUGAUUUGUUCAUAAAUUAUAGCUGUUUCAGAUUGAAGAUCUUCUUAUUGAUUUUUGCAUCGACCGAGUUAUUUAUUAGUGCGGACUGCGGUGGGAUUGGUGAUCGGAGAUGGCUUCGGGAUCACCGGCGAUUAAUAAGAUUGAGAGGGCACACCAGAUGUACAGAGAGGGCAAGUAUGCCGAAGCACUGGAUUAUUACACCGACGCGCUUUUCAUGGCCAAGACCACGCCGCAGAAGAUUGCGCUCCACAGCAACCGCGCCGCUUGUUUUCUCAAGCUCCACGACUUCAACAAGGCUGCAGAAGAAUGCACCUCAGUGUUGGAACUUGAUUACAAUCAUACUGGAGCACUGAUGUUGCGUGCUCAAACUCUGGUCACCUUGAAGGAGUAUCAUUCGGCACUUUUUGAUGUCAAUCGGCUGAUAGAGUUGAAUCCAUCAUCAGAAGUAUACAGAAACCUUCACACCCGUUUGAAGACACAACUGUCACUUGCUCCAAUACCCGAAGAUGAAGCAGAGUUUGAAGAAGAUGAUGAAUAUCUAGAUGAAGAUAAACAGGAACCAUACGAGGAAGAACUGGACGAUGAAAAGAUUGAAGAUCUUGGAAGUAGUGGAAGUGAUGUGACUCGUGAUGCUGCAAAAAAUAACAACGGGGAAUGUAAUUUUGAGGAUGUGAGUCUAACAGAGGAGAUAUUACCCAGCCAGAAUAUGAUCAGACAACUACCAUCUGAUCAAACGUCCUCGGGUUGGCGGACAAUUCCGAAACCGAAAGGACAUUCUCAGCUAGACUACUCAAGGUGGGACAGGGUUCAAGAUGACUCGAGUGAAGAAGAUGAUGAUGAUGAUGAGGACGACGAAGAUGAUGAUGAUUCUCAACCUCAGUAUCGAUUUCGUGUUAAAACAGUUGGCGUGAAAGCAGUUAAAUAGUUGUAAGGUGCCUCAACGGAGAGCUCUGUGGACUGUGGUGACUCAUUUCCAGAGAUCAAGUUACUUCCAGGAUUGAGUAAGUUACUGGAUUAGGAUGCUUGGUAGUGGAACGAGCACAUAGUUCCUAAGGUCGGAGAGCUGCAUUCGCUGUGUCAAAACAUGCUUGAUUUCACGGAGACUGAAUUAUACACAUAUACUUCCAUAUAAUGUUGCUCUCUACUGGAACUGUGAAAAAGUGCAGUUCCAAAUUUUGACCCAUCUUGCAUGCAUCUGCUGAAUGCGUGCCUGCCUUGUACACACCUUCAGUCCUGAGUCGCAAAGGUCAGACUUGUGGCUUAUUCUAGACAGAUCGUUAUAUUCAUUCUUUUGUUUGUAUGUAAGACCACAGAAAAACAAAUGUGUUGGACAUAUUGAGGAGUUGUGUGCAUGUAAACGGAGUGUUGUUGUACAAAUUUGGUAUUGUUCAUAAUAAGAUGAGAUGUGAUUUGGCUAA